AUGGCUCAGCUGCCCAAUGGCUCCUGGCACAACGACUCAGCCCUGAUCUUCACGGGCCUGGACCUGCUGCUGGAGCUGAAGCCGCUCUUCAUCCCGCUCUACGCCACGCUGGUGGUGGUGGCGUGCAUCGGGAACCUCUUCCUCAUCCUCCUCAUCGCCCUCACCAAGAAGCUGCACUGCACCACCAACUUCCUGAUCGGGAACCUGGCGGUGGCCGACUUCAUCAUGUGCCUGGCCUGCGUCCCCCUCACCGUGUCCUACGCCUUCGAGGAGCGGGGCUGGCUCUUCGGCAUGUUCAUGUGCCACUUUGUCACCCUGCUGCAGGCCGCCACCGUCUUCGUGUCGGUGCUGUCCCUCACGGCCAUCGCCAUCGACCGCUACGUGGUGGUGGCGUACCCGAUCCGCAGGCGGAUCGGCCGCAGGGCUUGCCUCGGCCUGGUGGCCGGCAUCUGGCUGCUCUCCAUCGCCGCCUCCGUGCCCACCUCGCUGCACACCCACUACUUGGACCUCAACGCCAUCGGCCACGACAUGAUCAUCUGCGAGGAGUUCUGGAAGCACGAGGAGAGGGAGCGGCUGCUGUACUCGUGCCUGAUGCUGCUGCUCUCCUACAUGCUCCCGCUGCUGGCCGUGUCCGUCUCCUUCUGCGCCAUCACCCACCACCUGCGCAGGAGGAACGUGCCGGGCGCCGCCUAUCACUGCCGGGACAAGUGGACCAGGACCAAGCACAAGACCUUCCGGGUGCUCACCGUCUCCGUGGUCUGCUUUGCUGUCUGCUGGCUGCCUCUGCAGGUGGUCAACUUCAUCCGGGACAUCGACGAGGAGUUCACCAUCCUGGACAAGAGGUACGUCAACGUCAUCCAGGUCUCGUGCCACCUGAUCGCCAUGAGCUCUGCCUGCUACAACCCCUUCAUCUACGCCUCCCUCCACGACAAGUUCUGGUUCCACCUCAGCAGCUACUUCUACCGCAAGAAGCAGAGCUCCAGGAGCACGUCCUGCAAGGCUUCCCGCUUCAACACCUGCUCCACCCUGGCAGAUGCUCCCACCGGGGCCUCGGACAAGAUAGCUUUGCAGUCCAGGUUACCUUAG